AUCAUUAGAAUGUUAAAUGUAGAGGUGAGAAAGAAAUUACUUAUUUUCUGAUAUUGAAGGGCCCAUGAAGCAGUAACUGCACUUGGAGGAGAGGAAUUAAUUCCAUUCUAUGGCUUAUUGGAAGGUGGAAGAGAUGGCGAAUUAUUUAGGGAGAUGGAGAACUAUUUCUACUAUUCACAGCUGCGUUACCAGCAUGUCAGUACAAUGGAGCCCAGGGAAAUAUCAACUCAUAUUCCACUGCAGGAAAUACCAUUUAUGAUGAGAGCACUGGGAUUCUACCCUACAGAGAAAGAGAUAGAGGACAUGCUGAAUGAGGUGAAGUUCAAUAAAUAUGUGGACACAGGAAUGUAUGUGACAGACAUUGAUUUAGGUGAAUUCAUUAAACUGUAUAUAAACCAUCGACCUGUUUUUGGCAUAACUGCUUCUGAGUUGCGUCAUACAUUUGAUGUUCUUGGCUACGACAAUGAGAAUGGAGACAAAGCAAUUAAGUUAGGAGAAUUAUUGCAACUAUUGCAAAGUGGAGGUGAAUGUAUGACUGAGGAAGAGGUAGCAGAGUGCCUUUCCACACUACUAGGCUUGAAUCCAGAAGGAGGAAGUUCUGAAUUGAUCUCUUUUGAUGCCAAAAGUGCAUCAGCAUUGCUUGAAGAGCAACUUCCCCAAGAGAUUACAAGUGAACUGUUUAUAAAUGAAAUAUUGGGGUUUCCUCAGGCUUCAACUUGUGUUGAAGAUGCAGCUAUUCCUACAGCUGCACCAACAUAAACACAAGCUAAAAUGUACUUUUCCUAUCAAAUAAUUUGCAUUCCCUGAUUCAUUUUAGUUUUCAUAAUCUCUUUGUUAAA